AUGUCCUCCAACCCGAAACCGACGUCAUCCGCCCAGACCUCCGGCGCCGCGCGGCUGCUCCAGCGGCAGCUGAAGGAGAUGAGCACGGCCAAGGACCUGCCGGGCAUCUCGGUCGGUCUGCUGAACGAGAACAACGUCUUUGUCUGGGAGGUGGUGCUCAUGAUCAACGACGACUGCAAGUACUAUGGUGGCGCCUACUUCCGGGCACACCUGACGUUCCCGCCCGAGUACCCGCACCUGCCGCCGAAGCUGGUGUUCCAGGCGCCGGUGCCGUUCCACCCCAACAUCUACGCGUCGGGCGAGCUGUGCAUUAGCAUCCUGCACCCGCCCGAGGACGACAAGUACGGGUACGAGACGGCGGCGGAGCGCUGGUCGCCCGUCCAGACCCCCGAGACCAUCCUGCUGUCCGUCAUCAGCCUGUUCAGCGAGCCCAAUGACGAGAGCCCUGCCAACCUCGACGCCGCCAAGCUGCUGCGCCAGGACCGCGCCGGCGAGAGCAAGGAGUUCCGCCGCCGCGUGCGCAAGUGUGUCCGCGAGAGCCUCGGCGAGGAUUAG